GACAAUCGAUGUUUCCUAUCUUAGCGCUGAGUAUCUUUAUGAAGGGCAGUUGUGUCAAAAUAUCACAGAAAAGCAGGAAACAGGUUUAUCUCGAUAUCUCGAGGCAUAGAAAAACUUCUAGAAAGAAGCGGCCGCUAUAAAUUUUCAUCUACACAAUUGGAAAAGAAAAAAUAAUUGAAAUCAAAAUAUUUUUGCUUUAAUAAAACUCAAGUUUUGAAACUUAAAGCGAUUUAAAUCAUCACAAGAGACUAACAAAAAUAUUCAUAGUUGCGCAAUAUAUUUAUUUUUUGUGAUAACAUUCAAGAAACCGAAAAGCAAUUUUAUCUAUACAUUUAUAUAGGUCAUUUUUAUUGAUUGUGUGACAUGUCCGUAAACACAAAUUUAGAUAAUUUGGACAUUACACGUGAAGAAUUUGAUAAAUUGAGCAUAGCACUUCAUAAAGAAGAGUUCAGGAAACUUUUUUUAGAUUAUUGUGAAGAAAUACAAGAUCCGAAAAACCGCAAGCAAUAUGAAGAUGAAAUAAAGCAAUUGGAAGCGGAACGUGGUGUUGACGUGACUUUUCUAAACCCCGAACCGGGUUUUGUUGUUGAAACUUCGGUAAAUGGUGAUUCCAAAUGCUAUCUUAAUAUAGCUAAAUGCGAGAAGAUAAUUGCCCCUUCAAGUCAACCCAGCGUUGAUCCCAAAAAUGGAACCAAGGGUUUGAAUUGGAGCAUUCCUCAUGGACUUCCCCCACCGCGACACGAUUAUGAUGAUCAAAACCGUCGCUGUCAAGUAUUUGACGUGUUAUUUCACCCUGAGGCGUUUUCCUUAGCGGAGAAAAAUUCAGCUUUCAAGCAAUGCCUUGUUGAUACUGCUUGCAAUGGAAUCGAAAGAGAGUACAAGGUGCGGCUGGACCGCGUAAAUAUAAAAUUUCCAAAUCUGAAUUUUAAAGGCAUUCAACGAGCCUCUAUUAUUCGAAAAUUAUCGGAAACUGCCCCUCUCUAUUCCAACGAUGAAUCCAACCCAAUCGAUAAAAUUUUCCCACCGAAACCUGAAGCUAAGGUCAAAACGCCGACUUUUGUCGUAAAGGACAAUCAUUUAGAUGAGUACACCAAGCCGAAGUAUGUGCUUAAACACCGUCGUCCAGUCGAUAUGUCGGAAAUGACUUAUGAAACGGAUGCCAAAAUGAAUGUCACAAUUCCGAAGGAGCUAGUGGUUGAAAUAGAACUGCCUCUUUUAAGUUCAGCAGGCGACUGCGUUUUAGAUGUUACUGGGAAGAAGCUAUAUUUUGUUAGCGAGAAACCUGCAAAGUACAAAUUGAAUGUGGACCUUCCUUAUUUGGUAAAAGAUAAAGACGGUUCUGCCAAAUUUGACACUGAUAAACGUAAGCUCGUUGUUACACUGCCCGUGAAAGAAUCUAAAAAAGAACGAACUAUACAAGAUUUUUACCGAGAGGAUAGUGGCGUCGAAAGCGACAUUCGGGAUGAUUUGUCAACAAGUUCAAUUUCGAAAAAUCCACCAGAAGAACUGGAAACAGAAAAAGAAUCGGAGCUUUGCCAUUCUCCGACGGUUUCAAGGAAUCCUAAUUUCUUUCUCAAAAAUUCUAUUAAUUAUACAUUUCCUCAACACUUUGAUCUCAACGUUCUUGAUGAAACAAUUGCAAUUGUUUUAAACAUUCGUAAUGUUGAUAAUGAAUCUAUUGAUUUAAUUAAAGGCGAUAAGUUCUUUCACAUUCAAUUUUCUUCUAUUGGAGCGGGUUAUUACCCAGCUUAUUAUGCAUUUUAUUUCGAGUUCGUUGAACACAGUGCUGUGCAGAUAGAUUCUGUUGAUGCCGAAGCAUGGGAUAAUAACGUUGUAUUGAGUUUAAAUUUGAGAAAUUUCCAAAACAUGGAAUACUAUCAUGCUGGUCUCAAUAAAAACAAUCUAAAACUUUAUAGAAUUAAAGAUGAAUUCAUAUUGAACAAUGUAAAAGAAAAGAAGCUCGACGAUCUUCAGUCUAAGCUAGAAGUAUCCGUAGAACUUUCAAAUAAUGAAAAAUCUGUGCAAAUUGAAAUCAAGCCCAGAAAAUCAAAAGUUUUAAACAAUUGCAAGGAUGAGGCUUAUGAUGAAUUGAAAUCCAAUUCAAGAUGUUUAAGCAAAAAAAAUAGAAAAAACAAAAAACAUCGAUCUUUUUCUGAGUCUACUUGUGAUGACAUAAAACAAGAAAAUAAAAAAUCAACAUCUGCUUCAAACAAUAAAAACACAAAAGUCAAUGAAUUCAAACAACAUGAGUGUAGGAAUGCUACCAACAAGGAAGCCAGCGCCAACGCCACCGCCGUCAUUUCAUCUCCGGUAGUAAUAAAUAAUAGUGGAGGAGAUAACAUUCAAAUACCAUUCAACCGAAAACAGAGAAGCUACUCCGAGUCGCGCAACCAAAGCGCUCCGACAUUCAAAGGAAUUCUCAAGCAUAGCUCUCGAUAUUUGCGCACUAUGUCGGACAGUUGUUCGUCAAUGGAAGAAAAUAUGUCGUACUCAUGCUCCAUUGAUGGAGACCUAAAGUGCGCGCAUUCAAUUAGUGAUAUUCCAGAGGAAAACACUUCUCAAAAUAGUCUCUCAGAGAGUUGCAAGAAGACUGUUAGAUUUAGUGAUGUCAUCAAGAAAAACAUAUUUCGCUUGGACUCGAGUAUCUUAGGUCGUCGUAGGUUAAACCAGAAGAAGAAAAACAAAAAACGUGCUCUUCAACGUCGUCAUAGCGAAGGCGAUUCGGCAGAUUAUGAAGAUAGCAAGUCUCCAAACAACAGCGAAUGCUGCCAUAAGGAUUGUGAAAAACAAAGGAAAUCUUCAAAACACGACAGUGGCCUAGAUCUUUCUACUCAAGGCAAACAUGAAAAUGCCUGUUCAAUGCGAAACCGGAUUGAAUCAGAAUCUUCUGAUUUGGAUUCGAAAAAUAGCCUUAUGUUUGAUAUAGACAUGUAGAUCAAACAAAUAUUUUUUAAACAGUUCCGAAUAUUACACAAAUAUAGCAUAAGAAGCUAUUUGAAGAACUUUUAUAACUAUUUUGUAAAAUAUAUUGAGUUUUUAAAUAUUAUGAAGUAAA